CAGAAAUCAGCUGCGAACAACUGAAAAGAAAAAAACAAAAUUUUCGUAACCAAUUACAAAAGGAAUAGGAAGUGAAGUGCUUGUCUGAGAUGAAUUAAACUGCAAUUUAAAUUUAAAUAUUUAUCUAUUUCAUGAAUUUAAACUAUUGAACAGGUUCAAAAAUGUGUAUCCUAUUUCUAUACAAUGGAGCCUAUGAUGAAGAGAGUGACUACAGCCUAAUAUUAUUAUCCAAUAGAGAUGAAUUUUAUGACCGGUCCUCGCAAAACAUGGCUCCUUGGCCAGAAGAUCCUAAUGUUAUAGCAGGACGUGAUCUUGGUAUAGAGGACGGUGGAGCGUGGCUUGCAGUGUCUCCGUUACGGAAAAAGAUAGGAGUGAUAUUGAACCUGCCAGGGACAAAUAAGGAAAAUGCGAAAAGUCGAGGAAAAAUAGUCGCAGAAUACGUAAAAGGUGAAAAGCCUGUCAAUGAGUACGUAAAAGAAAUUAAAGAUUACACAAAGGAGUGCAAUGAAUUUAUUUUUGUAUCAGCUGAAUUAAGAAGUUCCGGUCCUUCAAUAUUUUCCUAUAGCAACGCGAAUGAUCAGUUAUUACCUCAUAAGGAUACCUAUUUGGGCUUUGGCAACAGUCUGCCUGAGAGCCCGUUAAAGAAAGUUGAAGCUGGCAGAAGUAAACUAAUGGAGAUCUGUACUGAGUACAAAAAGAUUAAAAUGCAACGAGAGCUCAUCGAGAAAUUGAUUGAACUGUUGAAAUCAGACGAAAGGCACCUGCCAGACCAGCAGCUGGAAACAAGGCGUCCAAACUUGUAUAAAGAGUUAAGCUCAAUAUACGUAUGCGUACCACAAGGACGAUAUGGUACAAGAACACACACAUUGGUUCUAGUGACUAAAACUGGUCAUAUGAAUAUUAUUGAGAUCACCCAACAAGCUCCGAUCGACCCGGCCAACCCGCAGUGGCUUAGAAGCGAAUUCCAAUACGAUAUUGAAAUGUGAUAUUAAUGAGUAAAGUAAAACAAGUAUUAUUUAAAUACAA